GCAAUCAAGAUUUGAUGUGGAUUGCAUACCGCUUGUAGACAAGAUCCAGGCUAGACCUCGGUUUUCCUGGCACCACAACUGCCAACCGAUUGUCACCAUGGUUCUCUUCACGACACCAUUCUGAGUCACAUUACCUUUGACAUAACCACAACAACGACACGCGUCAUAUUCUGAGUUGUCCAAAUUGGGCUAUGAAAACAUGGUUGAUGGGGCAACUGAAAUCAAUCAUCUCAUAAUUGUCUGUGGUCAUGGCAUCUGGAAAGGCGGACCACAGCAUGGCCAUAAUGAAGCUGAAUGGCUCAUUGAAAGCUACAAACGCGGCGAGACGCCCACCUUUAUCGAGCAUAUCAAAGCUGGGUUAGAGGCUCUCGCAAAUGAUAGGCGCGCAGUACUGGCGUUCUCCGGAGGCCCAACUUGGAAGGAAACGCGCCUCUCCGAGGCCCGCAGCUACGGAAACCUUGCCGCUGCGAACGAUUAUUUCGGUUGCAUCCCUCCUUCGGGAGAAACGGUUGAAGCACACCCGCUGUCUCCAAUCCCGCUGUCCACCCGCAUAAUUCUCGAGGAACAGGCUUUGGAUUCGUACUAUAACGUCCUCUUUUCCAUCAUUGCCUUCUGGAGAAGGUUCCAAACCUGGCCUGAGAAGCUCACGGUAGUCAGCCACGCUUUCAAGAAGGCCCGCAUAGUCGACGCUCACUGCGCUGCCAUCGGGUUUCCUCUUGAGCAUGUCAACUACGUUGGCAUAAACCCACCUAACCUUCCUCCAUGGCUUUUGGCUGCACAGGACCUUCCCAUAUCCACUGCCUCUCCGGAUAACAACGUCACAACAGGCACCGAGUGUGAUGAGAAGAGCGCGGAGGAAAAGGCAAACAUGAUGCGGGGAGUUGCAGAAGUCAUUGGUCAAUGGAUAGAGGACCCCCAUGGCACUGGAGAUGCGCUGGCUGGAAAGCGCAGAGCACGGAAUCCCUGGGGUGUGAGCCAAAAGCUCUUCUCCAGUGACGAUGAGAGGGCUAGGAGCGGACUUGAAACCGUAUUUUUGGUUGAUGGUACAGAAGCGCUUUCUUCGACCCCGACACGAAUCGCUUGGGUGGAACGCUAA